GCCGGCUUCAACCUUCCCAAGGAAGGCGUUGGAGAGAGCGGGCAUAUCAAGACAGCUUCCUCACCAUGGCACAGCAGCACAGCCUGCCCCACGCCUACCCCAUGAGCCCGGAAUGCGAGUUUGCCAACCCCAGCAAGAUUUACGACCAGAAUUUUGGAGAAGGCCUUUCCCCCGGAGAUAUCCUGGCUCCAACCUUGUACCACGGUUACUAUAUCAGGCCCCGGAUUAACAAACAGCUGGAACGGGGGAUUUCAGAAGUCGCCCUCAAUGAACACAAAUUCCAGGUUUUCCUUGACGUCUGCCAGUUCACCCCCGAUGAAAUCGCUGUCCGCACCGUGGAUAACCUCCUGGAGGUGACGGCCCAGCAUCCUCAGAAGGUGGACCGCCAUGGAUUCAUCUCCCGUGAAUUCACCCGGACCUAUAUCCUCCCUUUGGAUGUCGAUCCUCUGUCGGUUAAAGCUACAGUGACCCACGAUGGCAUCCUGAGCGUGGAGGUCCGGCGGACGGGGAAGGAACUGAAGUCCAAAGUCAACGAGGUGGAAGUCACCUGCCAAGGACAACCUGAGAGGAAAGAAAGAAGUUCAGGAGAUACCUCAGAUCCCUAAAACGUCCUUGUGAGAUGACCUAAUUUUGGUCAUGUUGAGUAGGUGAGUCUGGAAGUGGUCUUUCAUGGACACCAAAAGGCCAUAUCUUGUUGGUCUCCUUGGCCUCUUCUCCUCCUCCCCAAAUAAUUAGGGCAGGGCUGUCCAAACUUGGGUACUUUAAAACUUGUGGACUUCAACUCCCAGAAUUCCCC